UAAAAACCGGAGUCGUGUACGUGUAACCCUACAAUCGAAAAACCUGGAAAACCCUAAUGCGCGACAUUACAGAUUUUGAUUCUUUUCCACGCACAGUCUUUCACGUACAAUGGGGGAAUCGGACGCUAAGUAUGCUGGCGUCUCAAUUGACAACUCUGCGUCGGAGUCAGAGGUUCUAAGCAAGAAUGCUCUAAAGAAGGAGCUGAAGAACAAACAGAAGGAGGAAAAGAGGCGUCUUAAGGAAGAGGAGAAGGAGAAAAAGUUCUUACAGCCAAAAUCAGCAGUCCGAAAUCAGUCCGCUGCAGAUGAUGAAGACACAGAUCCAACACAAUAUUAUGAAAACCGCCUGAAAACACUUGCUGCUCAAAAGGCAGCAGGAUUGAACACCUACCCUCACAAAUUCCAUGUCUCCAUGUCCAUUAUUGAAUACGUAAAGAAAUAUGAAAGCUUAAACAGUGGAGAUCAUUUGGAGGAUAUUCAAGUAUCUUUAGCUGGGCGAGUUAUGAGCAAACGGUCUUCUGGAUCAACACUCUUCUUUUAUGAUCUUCAUGGUAAUGGUGGAAAAGUGCAAGUUAUGGCUGAUGCAAGGAGAUCUGAUUUGGAUGGAGCUGAAUUCUCCAAGUACCAUUCUGGUGUGAAACGUGGAGAUAUAGUUGGUAUUGUUGGGUUUCCAGGAAAAAGCAACAGGGGAGAGCUGAGUGUGUUCCCAAAAACAUUCAAGGUGUUAACUCAUUGUCUUCAUAUGGUGCCAAAGCCAAACGCCAAUGUGAAGAAAACCGAAGCUUGGACUCCAGGAAGUGGCAGAAAUCCUGAUGCAUAUAUACUAAAAGAUCAGGAAACACGAUACCGCAAACGUUUUAUGGAUCUGAUGCUAAAUUCAGAAGUGACACGAAUAUUCCAGACACGUGGAAAAAUCGUAUCUUACAUCAGACGUUUUCUUGAGAAUCUUGAUUUCCAGGAGGUUGAAACUCCGAUGAUGAACAUGAUUGCGGGUGGGGCAGCAGCCCGCCCGUUUGUGACCCAUCACAAUGAUUUGAAUAUGAGGCUGUUUAUGCGAAUUGCCCCUGAACUUCAUCUAAAGCAGCUUGUUGUUGAGAUAACUGAAGAAUUGUUAAGUGGCAUGGUGAAGGAGCUAACAGGUGGCUACAAAAUUAAAUAUCAUGCCAAUGGGUUGGAUAAUGAUCCCGUUGAAAUCGACUUUACCCCUCCUUUCAGGCAAGCGGUGAUAGUGACAUCAUGGACGGAUCUCAACCCAGGGCGUAGGUUUUGGAAAUGUCCUAGUAGUUGCGGUUUCAUUGCAUGGUUUGAUGAGCCCAUGUGUCGAAGGGCUGUGGCUGUCAUUCCAUGUUUGCUAAGAUCCAAGAACAAGCUUCAAGAAUCUCUGCUGCAAGCAAGUUUUGAAGCAAAAAAAGUGAAGAUGAUGCUAGUUUUUAGUUGGGUUUUCUUUUUCAUGUAUGUGUACAAAAGAUGCUAA